AGGGCUUAUGGCACAUGGGGUACCCCUCUGUGCUCUGACUGCUACCCUCACGGCAUCAUAAAGUUUUAUGCCAAGGUUGCAGGCAAGAAUUUUAUAGAACUCUUUGUCCAUGUCAGUGGUACCAUAUCAAAACUGGCAAAAGUCUGUGUGCUUCAUGUGAGCCAAGACAAACUGUGCUUUGGGACCACUCAUUCCAGGGUCAUGCAUGAGGCCAGGGUGUGGUGGGAGGUUAAGUGGGGAGACUUCUUUCACUGGUUUCUCAUGGAAGGCGUUUCAGAAGAAUUCAGAAAGAUUUAUUUAGAGCUGGCAUCUGAGCAUUUGUUCAGAGCAGUGAGAAGCACAGGGAAUGCCCCUGAAGUUCCUGUUGACCAACAUUGUCCCUGCCUCAUUGAGCUGGCAGCUGGUGGCUCUGCAGCUGCUGUUGCCCACAGGUGGGAUCUGCCUGUGGGGGUGCUUUCCAGAAGGGCUGGGAAAAAUUUCCCAGAGCCAGAUGAUGUUAGAGUUUAUCUGCCAGCUUUGAAGACAAAGAACAUUAUAGAAAGGAUGGUAAACACGGGUAAUCAAGUGCUGGUUGAAGCAAAUCAUGACAGAAUGAACUUCAGUGUAGAAACUAUUGUAGUGUCUAUAAAAAGUUAUUUCAACAACCUUGGAAAUCCUCCAUUGCCUGCUCUGGAUAUGUUAAAACAGAAACCUGAAGAGCAUGUUGCAGUGUGGGUAGGGAAUAGGAAGCUUCUGCAGUUUUUCGAGGGACAGCAAAUAAAUCCUACAGUGGCCUUAUGCAAUAUUUUGAGCAAUACUCUUUUCUUCAUCUUCAGAUGUCAUCUUUAGUAUUUCUUUCCUUCCUCAUAAAAAUUCAACCAGCCUAUUUUAUUAUGUUAUUUUUUAAAGCGUAUGGUCUUUUCACAAUUGAAACGGACCCUGAGUUGAUUGGAUUAAGAGUCUGCAUCCUCAGUCUGAUUUAUAUAGAAUGUAUAUUCUGUUGAGCUCCUCUUUCUUUGUAAAGCUUGCAUUACAAAAUCAUUGGUGAAAGAGUUGUAUAGUUCAUUUUUGUGUUUAUUAACUUUGUCAGUUCUUUUCAUGCUUUUUGAGAGGCAAACAAGAAAGGAUUUUGUACUUCAAUUCUUUUUGAGGAAAAAGGAAUGUAACAAAAUAAAUAAAAAUAACUUGGAAUUCUUAAAUAAUUGGAUCAAUAUUGUGUGAUAAAACUCCACUGUGUAAAAUGGGAAUUUCAUCAAGUAUAAACAUUUUCUGAGGGAUUUUUCUUAAUUUAGAGAGCUUAAUGUGAUAUCUGAAAGAUACAAGGUAUUUAUCAUUUAUUGCAUCGCUAGCUGUGUGUUGUUUUUCGAAGUAUAUAUUAGUGUAUAUUCAUGAUUUUAGAUUUAUCAUCUACAGAGUUUGAAUUGGUUAUUUAUUAGGUCGACUAAUAAUGCAUAUUGUUCACACAAGAAUUCAAAAAAAAUAGUCAAGUUUAAGUGGACCGAGGUGUUGCUUGUGUGUAACUUUUAUAUGAACCAUGUUUCCAUUUUUUCCCAAUAGUAUUGUUAUUCCAUUUCCAAAGUAAUUCUUUUUUUU